CUUUCUACCCGUUCGAUUGAAAAAACCCCAAACCCGCCUCCCCCUUUCCGAUUGAUCAGUCGAUUCAGCUAGCCGGCGUCGAGAGAUUGUCACCUCCAGCUGCCGCAGAUCUAGCUUCGAUUUUGAUUUCGUUUCUGCGGAGCCGAGCACGAGGAGAAGCAACCGACCAUGUCGUUGAGGCCGGGAUCGAAGACGGAGGUGCGGCGGAACCGGUACAAGGUCGCAGUCGAUGCGGAGGAAGGUAGGCGGAGGAGGGAGGAUAACUUGGUGGAGAUCCGGAAGAACAAGCGGGAAGAGAGCUUGCUGAAGAAGCGCAGGGAAGGCCUUCUUCAGGCCCUGCCGCAGCAGCAGCAACCGCUGCUCGAUGCUGCUCAUGACGGUUCCGCCGCGGCUGAUAGGAAGCUAGAAAGUCUUCCAGUGAUGAUUGCAGGUGUUAUGUCCGAUGAUAGGAAUUCACAGCUAGAUUCGACCACACAGUUCAGGAAGCUGUUGUCAAUAGAACGUAGUCCACCAAUAAAUGAGGUUGUACAAUCUGGUGUGGUUCCUCGAUUUGUUGAGUUUCUUGCAAGAGAUGAUUUCCCCCAGCUUCAGUUUGAGGCAGCUUGGGCUCUUACAAAUAUUGCUUCUGGGACAUCAGAAAACACCAAAGUUGUGAUUGAUCAUGGGGCUGUGCCUAUAUUUGUUAGACUCUUGGGUUCUCCUGCUGACGAUGUCAGGGAACAGGCUGUUUGGGCAUUAGGUAAUGUUGCUGGAGAUUCACCCAGAUGCCGUGAUCUUGUGCUUGGUCAUGGGGCAUUGAUGCCAUUGCUUGCACAAUUCAAUGACCAAGCUAAGCUCUCUAUGUUGAGGAAUGCAACCUGGACACUAUCAAAUUUUUGCAGGGGCAAGCCACAACCUUUGUUUGACCAGACGAAGCCUGCCUUGCCUGCUCUUGAACGUCUUAUCCAUUCCAAUGAUGAGGAAGUUCUGACAGAUGCCUGUUGGGCUCUAUCAUAUCUCUCAGAUGGAACUAAUGACAAAAUCCAAACUGUUAUUGAGGCUGGGGUAUGCCCCCGGCUUGUUGAGCUUCUUCUUCAUCCAUCUGCAACGGUGCUCAUUCCUGCACUACGCACAGUUGGAAAUAUUGUGACUGGGGAUGACAUGCAAACUCAGGUAUUGGUUUCCUGGUUAUUUUGUCUCUUUGUCUUGCAUUUAUCAUUUGGUGCAGGAAUGUUAUUGGAUUUGCUUUUGGUGUAUGCAUGUCAGAAGUCUAAGUUCCAUCAUCCAUUGUGGCUAUAUAGUUAAUAUGUACCUAGUGCUCAUUUUUUUUUUAAUGGGAUUGACAUAAAUGAUUUAUAUCAUAUCUUCAAGUCUUGCACUUCAACCUAUUCAACCUGCUAAACAGCUGGUUUUGGAGAAUCAUUUGCAUUGAUACCUUUGUCUGAUUCUAGCAAAACGAGAUUAUUUCUUUCUAUGAUCGAGGAUGACAAGAUGAAAGACUCAUUAUGGACGGUUGAUGGUUUUGUAUUGUGAUUGCUAAUUUAAUUGGAUAUGGGUCAAAGCAAGCCUCCUUAAAAUUGGCAUUUUAAGUUUUUGCAAACUAAAGAUUCUGUAGUAGCUUUACUUGCUUGGAAACUGGACCAGUGAGGACAAGAAAUACUAUGAUCCUUAGGCCUUCUCUUUCUCAUAAGUUCUUACAGUUGGUUCUUGGUUGGGUCUGGUGUUCUCUUCCAUUGCAUUGAUCUUUCAUAUACCUGGUUCGGUUUUAAUUGAUAGCGAGAUGCAUGAUGCACUUUUUUGCAUUCUAUGGUUAUUGGUGUUACCCAACUGGUGCAAAUGACUUUCAUAUUAGCCAUUCCAGCAUUUCAUGUUUGCUCAUUCACAUGAGAAUAUAUGAUUCCUCUUUGCCAUACCUUAUCUCAGUGCAUGAUUGAGCACCAAGUGCUGCCUUGCCUUUUGAAUCUCUUGAGCAAUAAUCAUAAGAAAAGCAUUAAGAAGGAAGCCUGCUGGACAAUCUCCAACAUCACAGCUGGAAACGUGAAUCAGAUACAGGCUGUUAUUGAAGCUGGCAUAAUUAGCCCUCUCGUCCAACUACUUCAAAGUGCAGAGUUUGAGAUUAAAAAGGAGGCUGCUUGGGCCAUUUCCAAUGCUACAUCUGGUGGAACCCACGACCAGAUCAAAUUCCUAGUGAGCCAGGGUUGCAUUAAGCCACUAUGUGAUCUCCUAAUCUGUCCCGACCCAAGAAUCGUUACGGUCUGCUUGGAGGGUCUAGAAAACAUUCUGAAGGUUGGGGAAGCUGACAAGAAUUUAGGCAACUCUGGAGACGUAAAUGUGUUCUCUCAACUCAUCGAUGAUGCAGAAGGGUUAGAGAAGAUUGAGAAUCUGCAGACCCAUGACAAUAAUGAUAUAUAUGAAAAGGCGGUGAAGCUUCUGGAGACAUAUUGGUUGGAGGAGGAUGUUGACCCCGUCGCUCCUGGUGAUCCAGCCCAAGGUGGAUUCAAUUUUGGAGGCAGCGAACCUCCCGUUCCCACAGGAGGAUUCAACUUCAGUUAAAGAUCAUUAGGAUGUGGGUGGAAUGAAGCCGAGUGUCCUGUUUGUACUGAAGGCAGAUAGAUGUUUUUCGGUGGCAAGCACAGUCCCUUCCCCUGGGUAGUGAAAAUACAAAACAACGUUAGCGCGGUUCUGGUUGAAAGAAUGCGUAGUGUCGGGGGGUUGUUCAGUCGUCGCAAGCAGGUUUGUUUGUAUCCCACAACUGGUUUUGUUGCUACCCCAAUUUCGAUCGGACAUUUUGCUGUUUUUAACAUCAUACAAUGUAGAGCCUUGUUGAGCUCUCUUGUUUCACCCCCAGCUUCCACCUACUGUUGUUUUAGUUUUAGGAAAAUUCAUACGGUUGAAAUUUGGGUUUUUGCUUGCCCAUCAUUUGUUAUGGUCUCCUGUCUGUGAGUGAGUGAGUGAUAGAGAGGAAUGAGUAGUGCAUCAUACAUGUACUACUCUUGCGAUUUGGAUACUACUGUGAUACACGUCAUACACAGUAAUUGUGACUUCAUUUCAUGGGACAAAAACUAUUGGCCACGCUGGCCUGGAGUGGAAAAUGUUAAAAGCCGUAAUAUAUGCAUAGUCCAUGAAACCGUAUCUAUUGGAGGCUAAACCGAUACACGGUAUUUAACGAUACUAACGGUUGAACUACGGU